AUGAUGAAGCGCACGGGAGUACGGCUCGGGCCCGAGGAGCCCGCGCCGCUGCCCCCGCACAGCGCCUCCGCCCAGCAGAUCCAGCAACAGCAAGGAGCAGCAAACAUGCACACUCUCGCGCAAUCCGCCCAGCCGCAGAUUAUCGGUGUGUCUACUUCCGGUGGCGUGGGCAAUGUGGGCACGGUGGGAGGCGUGGGCGUGGGCGGCAUGGUGUCGGUGGGCGCAUUCGCGCGCGCCCCGCGCCCCGCCGCGCCCGUCAUCAACUACCACCUGAAGGCGGGCGUGCAGUACGCCGCACACAAGCCGCCGCCCGCGCAGCCGCCGCGCCUCAAGCUCACCCACGCGCCUCCGGCGAUGGAACGACAGUCCCCUGGCGCUGUGGGCGGGGUGGGCGGUGGCCUGGGCCCCGGGGUGGGCGUGGGCGGGAUGGGCCCCAUGGGUGGCGUGGCGGGGACCGUGGGGGGCGCGCCGGCUGGCCCCGGUGGGCCCCCAGCCGCCCAGUUCCAGCGACUCAAGGUGGAGGACGCACUCUCCUACCUCGACCAGGUCAAGUACAAGUUCAACACGCAGCCGCAGGUCUACAACGACUUCCUAGACAUCAUGAAGGAAUUCAAGAGCCAGACUAUCGACACGCCGGGAGUCAUCAAGAGAGUAUCAAACCUGUUCAAAGGUCACCCUGAGCUUAUAGUUGGCUUCAACACCUUUCUUCCACCUGGCUACAAGAUCGAGGUUCAGAGCAAUGGCCAGGUGUCCGUAUCCAUGCCAUCGCCGACGAGCGUCGGUGGUGUGGGCGGCGUCGGGAGCGUGGGUGGUGUAGGAGGCAUGGGCGGAGUGGGAGGAGUGGGCACCGUCGGCGGUGUGGGCAACGUAGGCGGAGUGGGCAACGUGGGAGGCGUGGGCGGCGGCGUCAUGCUGGGCGUGCAGCACGCGCCCCCGCAACCCCAGAUGCUGCAUUUGCUGCCUGUACAGCAGUCGGUGGGCGGCGCCAUCGUGCACAACCUGUCGGUGAGCGCGCCGCCGGCGAACACGCUGCACCACAUCUCGCAGGCGCACCAGCAGAUCGAGGCGGCGGCGGUGCAGCACGCGCCAGGCGCGGCGGGCGCGGGGGCGGGCGGGGCCGCGGGGGCGGGGGCGGGCGCGGCGCACGCGGCCGCCGCCGGCCAGCCCGUCGAGUUCAACCACGCCAUCGAGUACGUCAACAAGAUCAAGUCUCGCUUUUCGCGGCAACCGGACAAAUACAAGCGGUUCUUGGAAAUAUUGCAUGCGUAUCAGCGUGGCCAUCGAGACGUUAAAGAACCGCAGGCGAGGCAGCAGACCGAACAGGAAGUUUACUCACAGGUGGCAAAACUGUUUGAGAAUCAGGAAGAUCUGCUGGCAGAGUUCGGGCAGUUCUUGCCGGAUGCGAAGGCCGUAACUAAACCGCCUCACUACGCAACGCAUUCGCGCUCUCCGCCACCUAUGCAGCAGCAAGUGGAGGGCGAGCGGUAUGCUGGCACGGUCUCGCCGCCGCACGCGCCCCACGCGCCCCACGUGCCCCACGCGCCGCCUGCGCCCCACGCCGCGCACGCGGCCCACCCGCCGCACGCGCCCACGCACGCCGUCCACCACGCGCCGGUGCCGAAGCACUCCACCGCGGUUGGCGUACCGGCGCCGCCGCCGCAGCAUCAUCACCUGAAGAGGUCGCCUAGCUUCACCUCGUCCGGCCAAAUGGCGGGCGGAGCGGGCGCAGCGGGCGGGGCGCCGCCGGCGAAGAAGGCGCGCGCGGGGCCGGGCGCGGGCACGCCGCCGGGCGCGCCGGGCGCCGCGCCGCCGGCCGCGCUGCGCGACGUCUCCUACGCGGAGGCCGCCAAGCUGGCCACGGCGCAGGACUACAGCUUCUUCGACCGCGCGCGCAAGGCGCUGCGUUCGCCGCACGUCUACGACAACUUCCUCAGGUGUCUGUUGCUCUUCACGAACGAGAUCAUUUCCUCGUCGGAGCUGCUGUCGGUGACUGGCCCGUUCCUAUGCCGGCACCCCGAGCUGCAAAAAUGGCUCCAGGAUUUCGUGGGCCCGCCUUCUCCGCCCCACACGCCCACAACCGCCACCCAUCACAGCGGCUUGGCGGCGGGGGCGGUGCCGGUGGGCGGGGGCGGGGGGGGCCCGCUGCUGGGCUACGCGCGCGACCGCCUCGUGGACGCCAAGCUGCGCUACGAGCCCGCGCAGCUGCGCAACGAGCGCACACAAGGCGACGCCGCCAUGGACAUUGACCUAACAACAUGCAAGCGACUGGGCACGUCGUACUGUGCACUUCCGCGCGAAGCUGCGUCUCGCCGAUGCUCUGGCCGGACGCCACUCUGUAAAGAGGUGCUGAAUGAUACUUGGGUUUCUAUACCAACAUGGAGCGAAGACUCUACGUUUGUCACAUCUCGCAAAACCCAGUAUGAAGAAUAUAUCUAUAGAUGCGAAGAUGAGAGAUUUGAGCUGGACGUGGUGAUAGAGACGAACGCGGCGACGAUCCGCGUGCUGGAGGGCGUGCAGAAGAAGCUUUCGCGCAUGUCGGCCGAGGAGGCGGCCAAGUACCGGCUCGACGACUGCCUCGGCGGCCACUCGCCCACCAUCCACCAGCGCGCGCUGCGCCGCAUUUACGGUGAUAAGGCAGUGGACAUCAUUGCUGGUCUCAAAAAGAACCCUGUGGUGGCCGUGCCUGUGGUAUUGAGGCGGCUCAAAGCCAAAGAAGAGGAGUGGCGGGAAGCGCAGAAGGGUUUCAAUAAGCAGUGGCGUGAGCAAAACGAGAAGUACUAUCUGAAAUCAUUGGACCACCAAGGCAUUAACUUCAAGCAGAGCGACCUGAAGGCGAUGCGCUCAAAGUCGCUGUUCAACGAAGUGGAGGCGGCCUACGCGGCGCGUCGACCCGCCCCGCACCUCGUCGUCGACUACCAGCUGCACUCACGCCACGAAGCCAUUAAGAUCCUGCGGGACGCUUCGGAGCUACUGAUCCACCAUGCGAGGCGGCAGACCGGCAUCCAAAAGGCGGAGAAGCGUCGCAUCAAGCAGCUGCUGCGCCACUUCCUGCCGGAUCUGUUCGCCCACCCCAGGCAGCCGCUCUCCGACGACGAGCGCGACGAUGAAGAAAAAGAAGAUCCUACAAGCCCAUGCAGCCCGGCUGCUGAACAAGAGGAUAAAACUACCACCAAUGUUAAACAAGAGAAGCAGGAGUCUUCCGAAUCCGAUAAUGCUUCAGACAAGAGCAGCCGGAACAAUAAGAACGACAAGGAGAACAAGCCCAAAAAUAAUAAUAUGCAUAAUAAAGAUGGUACAAAUGCGAGCAUCAAGAGAAGCAGCAGCAAUGAAGAACCCUUCAGCAUGAAAUCCGAACCGGAAGUGAAGACCGAGGAAUUGGAGGACGACUACCGGGAGUACCCACCCAACGAGGCGCGGUUCGUGUGCACGUCGUCGUGGUACCUGUUCCUGCGGCUGCACGGCGUGCUGUGCGCGCGGCUGGGCGCGGCGCGGCGCGCGGCCGCGGCGCUGGGCGAGGCGGAGCGCGCGGGCGGCGCCGCGGCCGCGCUGCGCCUGCGCCCCUGCAACCUGCCGCCCGACGCCGCCGAGCCGCGCCACUACUACGGCGCGCUGCUCGACCUGGUGCGCGCCGUGCUGGACGGCAACACGGAGCCGGCCGCCUACGAGGACGCGGCGCGCGAGAUGCUCGGCAUCAAGGCCUACCCGCUCUACACGCUCGACAAGGUGGUCUCCAUCGCCGUGCGCCAGCUGCAGCACUGCGCCGCCGAGCCGUGGUCGGUGCGCGCCGCGGAGAUGGCCGCGCGCGGCAUGCGCGCCGGCGCAGCCUACGUGCGCCGCGCCGCGCGCUACCUGCGUCAGGACCACACCGCCUUCCUCGUGCGAGUGUACGGCGGCGACGAGUGCAAGGUGACCUUCGACCUGCUGGAGGGCGGCGGCGAGGGGCGCGCCUCGCCGCAGCACAACGUCGACGGCGGGCGGCUGUCGCCCGCAGUGGGCCUGGGCCGCGAGGCGAACGGCGCGCCGGUGUCGCGCGUGGCGGCCUGGUCGCUGUACGCGGAGCGCUACGCGCACCCCGAGGCGGCGCCGCUGCAGCGCCACAAGCCCGUCUUCCUGCGGCGAAACGCGCGGCGCGCGGGCGCCGCCGCCGUCACGGCCAGCGCGGCGCCCUCCGCCCCCGCGCCCGCCCCCCGCCGCGCCCGCCCUGGCCGCGCCCGUGCGCCGCCGCAAGCCGCCGCGCCUGCACGACCAGUCGGAGUGCACGCUCGCCGCGGGCAUACGGCUGGUGGCGUCGCGCGCGCACGUGGUGUACCGCGCGGGCAGCCUGGCGGCGGCGCGCGCCUCGCACGCGCGCCUGCACGCCGCGCGCCGCGCCCGCUUCCGCGCCUGGCUGCGCCGCGCCCCCCACCACCACCACCACCUGCACCAGCACCAGCACCAGCUCCAGCAGCACCUGCCCUAGGUGCCCUCCGUUGCCGGCGAUGGCUCGGCUUUUCGACUCUCCCACGUGCUUCGCUAGAACACUCGCUAUGUCGCCCC